AUGUACAAGGUAUUGGAGCGCAUUAUCCUGGACCGACUCAUUAAACAUCGCGAAGAAACAACGCGCGACGAGCAAGCUGGCUUUCGUCCUGGCCGAUCUACGAUUGACCAGGUGUUUAUCGUCAGGAGAGUGAUCGAAAUCUGGCAGCGCCGCGUUCCACUCCCUCACCCAGGCCGUCUUCUCAACGCUCUUCGAGCCGAUGGAGUACCAGGAAAGUUCGUUCGUUUGCUUGAUGACAUGAAUCAACGAACAACUGCUGCAGUUCGAACACCAGCCGGAUGUACAGCACCGUCUGAAGUGGUAACUGGAGUAAGACAAGGGGCGGUGGCAGGACCCUUCAUGUUCAAUUUCGCCAUCGACGACAAUAUGCGAAGAACAGUCGACCAGUGUCCUGCCGAUAUUGUCUUAGCACCAUCUGGGUGCCCCUUGGCUGACUUCGAGUACGCCGACGAUGUUGUUAUAUUCGCGGAAAGCAGUACGAAACUUCAACAUGUUGUCAACCUUGUAUCGGAGCUGGCUGCAGCCUAUGGACUACGCCUACGCCCUGAUAAAUGCAAGCAGAUGUGGAUCUCUUCGAGACCACGAACGGGAAUCAGGGUGGACGGACAUCCGAAAGAACUCGUCGAUGAGUUCUGUUACCUGGGCUGUAUGCUGAAGAACAACGGCAGCUACGAGAGAGAUGUUCAGCAAAGAUGCGCUAAGGCCACUUCUGCAUUUUACUCCUUAACGAAGUGUCUGUGGUCGACCCCCAUCACCAACAAAGUCAAGCUGCGAGUCUACCUAUCCGCAAUUCGCCCCAUCAUGAUGUACGGAUCGGAGACUUGGGCAGCACCAUCAACGGUUAUGGAGAGGCUUGACUGCAGGGAACGAAAGCUGCUUAGACGGCCACUUGGUUACUUUUGGCCUAGGGUAUGUCACAAUGAAGAUCUUUACGCAGAAAUUGAUGUGGUAUACCGGCGGAUGACACGUGGAAAACAACAUUUUGCACCACCAUCGAAAGUGGCUAAAGUAAAUCGUCUUCGCUUCUUUGGUCAUAUAUUAAGGAGACCGGCAGAUCGCCUUGUUCAACGAGUUCUGAGGAGUUUGUUGGAAUAUGGAAUAGCGACGAAUGGAUUGAUUCUGUGCAAGCUCUCGCAGAAGAUCGAGAAGGUUGGGCAGAGCUGUGUUCAAGGACGGUACACCUCGGCGAAGAUGCGGGUAAUCGCGUCAGGUCAUGACAUCAGCCUGCCGAUUAAGUCAAGUCACCUAUUGGCAGAAUUGGUGCGCGGCAAGAAUCCGUCUAGGCUGCAGUGGUAUAACAACAGGCAGUUGCUGAAAAUGGCCGAAGAUAUCGGGAACCGUCUACUGCCAGCGUUUAACACAUCUUCAGGAAUUCCCUACAGCAGAGUAAAUCUCCGAUAUGGUAUGCUGGAUCAUCUCAGAAAGCAAAAAGACACAUGCACAGCCUGCGGUGGUACGAUGCUUCUAGAAAUGGCGGCGCUCUCAAGACUAACCGGGAAUGGAAUUUAUGAGGAGAAGGCAAGGAAAGCUAUGGAUUUUUUAUGGGGACAGCGACAUCGUGCAUCUGACUUGAUGGGUACCGUUUUAAAUGUUCAUUCAGGAGACUGGGUCCGAAGAGAAAGUGGAAUCGGAGCUGGAAUUGACUCUUACUAUGAGUACUGUCUCAAAGCAUACAUUCUUCUUGGUGAUGAAAGUUUCUUAGAAAGAUUUGAUCGGCAUUACGAUGCAAUCAUGCGUUAUGUUAAUAAGGGUCCUUUGUUUGUUGAUGUUCAUAUGCACCGACCCACAGUGGCAACGAGGUCGUUUAUGGAUGCACUUCUAGCAUUCUGGCCAGGUCUCCAGGUUCUGAAAGGCGAUGUGAGGAGAGCUGUUGAGAUGCACGAAAUGCUUUUUCAAGUAGUUCAGAGACACAAGUUCCUCCCAGAGGCCUUCACUCAUGAUUUCCAAGUCCACUGGGCGGAGCACCCUAUUCGUCCGGAAUUUAUUGAAAGCACGUACUUCCUUUAUCGAGCUACGAGAGAUCCUCAUUAUCUCGAAGUUGCCAAACAGGUAAUGGACAGCAUAAAUGAUUACGUUCGUGUCCCCUGUGGAUUUGCCGGGGUGAAAGAUGUCCGUACGAUGUCGCAUGAAGAUCGGAUGGAUUCGUUCGUUCUUUCGGAAACGUUUAAAUAUUUAUAUAUGAUUUUUGCGGAGCCAGGAGAUCUCCUAUUUGAUCCUGAUAACUACGUGUUGACAACUGAAGCUCAUUUCCUCCCACUAAGUAUUGGAGCUCAGCCAAAUGAUAGUCCGCGCCGCAUGUUUAUUCGGGCAGAUGAUAUUUCAUCUUCAUCCGUAACAUACAUAUAUGCAAAUCCGUUCGGUGCCAAUCAACGACCUACCGAGGCUGAUGAAGCCAUGGAAAUUCGGGAGCGAACCCAGAGUUUCCUAGAAGAAUUAUUUGACGUUCAGCGAAGAAAACCACGUCAUUCCGCACAAUGUAUUAUGUCAUCUGAACGUUUACAUGACUGGUCCUUCUCUUCUACAAAUGCGGAGCACGUCAAACAAUUGUUACAAAUGGGAAUCCAACUACACGUACGCGAGGAAGGACGUAUGCAGUUGAGUCACCAUAGCACAAAUCACAUCGCCAAAGCCCACAACCUGAAAGUUCAGCUGCCUGAAGGGAACAUGGAAUCUUUGGCAACAACCAUUCGUUUUGUCACGCUGAACUCCCGAACGCUGUCGAAUGAACUCCAACAAGCCGCUCUAUCCAGACUUCUGCGAUAUCUCUGUGUGCCUUUUGCUGCACUGCAGGAAACACGCAUGAGGGAUCGGCCCGUCAUCAGCAUCGAAAAUUACACCAUAUACUGCGGCGAUGCUGAUGAGAACAAAUGGAGGAAUUUGGAAACGUUGUCUAGACACGCAUUCGUACGACUGCGGGAUCGCAAAGGACGUAAACUCUGGGUCGUAAGUGCCCACGCAUCUACGGAAACACCUGAGGACAACACCUUCUAUGAUGAACUCAAUGCGUUGUUGUCCAAAAUACAAAACCAGGAGGUGGUCAUUGUCGGAAUCGACGCAAAUGCGAAGAUAAGACUCCAGCAACAAUCCGAAUUUUAUUAUCUAGCGGAGCGCACAUCGGACAACGGUGAUUGUCUGGUUGACAUAUGUGAGCAGACUGGCCUUAUCAUCGCUUCCACGUGUGAAAGGAAUCAUCAGCUCGCUUGGCAGGGUUCAACCCGUUCACCGCGUGAAGAGCAGCGCAAGCGGAAGAUGAGGACUUUCAAACUUCAGCUCGACUACGUUCUGACGAGGAACAUCCAAUACGGAUGUAUUAUGUAUUAUCCAGCGGAGCGCACGUCGAAUAUCAGUGGCCACCGUCCAGUUCUCCUCGGCUUCACUGUACGGUUCCACAAUAGAAACCGAGUAGCUCUUCAUCCUAAAAUCGACACAGCCAACAUAUGCGAGGAACAACCGAAUGAGUCGGAAGUUCUGGUUUGUAUCCAAAAGACGAAAAACGGCAAAUUUGGUAUAGUUGACAGAAUUAGCGCAGAAAUGCUGGAGUAUCUUCCUCCGUCUGGGAUUCGCGAGAUGACCAAAAUCUUCUUGCAACGAAGAUCAAUAUGGAUCAACGAUAGGAUAGCUAAUUCGAGAUACGCUAUCGUAAUUCCUCUCCACAAAAAAUUAUCCGUCACGGACCCUAGGAAUUAUCGAGAAAUCUCCUUGUUGCGUAUUAUGCACGUUUUGGAGCGGAUUAUCCUGGACCGACUUAUUAAACAUCGCGAAGAAACAACGCGAGACGAGCAAGCUGCAUUUCUGGAGUUUGAAGCCGCUUUCGACUCUCCUCAUCGAGGCCGUCUUCUCAAUGCGCUCCGCGCCGAUGGAGUACCAGGAAAGUUCGUUCGUUUGCUUGAUGACAUGAAUGAACGAACAACUGCUGCAGUUCGAACACCAGUCGGAUAUGCAACACCGUUUGAACCGGGAACAGUCGAUCAGUGUCCUGCCGACAUCGUCUCAACACCAUCAGGGUGCCCCUUGACUGAUCUCGAGCCCGCCGACGAUGUUGUUAUAUUCACAAAAAGCACUACGAAACUUCAACAUGUUGUCAAGCUUGUAUCGAAGUUGGCUGCUGCCUAUAGAUUACGUCUACGCCUUGAUAAAUGCAAGCAGAUAGAGGUCUUUUCGAGACGUCGGACGGGAAUCAGGGUGGACGGACAACCAAUUGAACUCGUCGAUAACUUCUGUUAUCUGGGUUGUAUGCUGAAGAACAACGACAACUACGAGAAAGAUAUUCAGCAAAGAUGCGCCAAGACCAUUUCCGCAUUCAACUCUUUAUCGAAUUGCCUGUGGUCGACCCCCAUCAGCAAGGAAGUCAAGCUGCGAGUUUACCUAUCCGCAAUUCGCCCUAUCAUGAUUGGGCAGCACCGUCUACAAUGA